AGGGGCUUCAGCUAUUAUAGCAACAUAUGCGAUAUUUGAAACAUCUGUAGGCAUAAAACCACGAUGCAAGGAUGCAAUUAUGAAACUGAUUCAAGAUAUGGCUGUGGAAAAGGGCAAUGAUGGCCAAGAUUUAUUGGAAAAAUUAAAUACAUGCCUGAUGGAAAGACUGACGAAGGAUGACGAAAAUGUUAUGAAAUGGCUUAAUCCAUUAACGACACUUCCCGUUUACCAACAAUAUGGCCCAGCAAUAGGAAUAAAAUCGUCUGUUCUAGACACGUUUAUCAAUAUAAAAAGCAAGGAUGUUUCAGCAUUUCUGAAGAGUAUGUCAGAUAAAACAUCAAGCACAUCAAUGAUGUUUGCUGUUCAGGAUGACUGUACUAUAACAGACAUAAAAAAACGAAACGAGGAGAAAUGCAAGAUGGCCAAAGGUUGGAAAAUUCCAAUUGCAGCGAUAAAACCAGAAGCACUGCACAUAAUUAAUGAUAAAUUCAAUCUUGAAUGGCCAAUUCAUGAAAGCAUUCAUUCAGGGAUUAGCCGAAGAAAUGGAAGUGUCCCAUCAGUGCAAUGGCUGCAAUCAAGUAUUGGAACAGACUUUUUUGCGUUGUGAAUGUCGCAAGCUUGUAAA